GCAGAGCUGCAAGCCUGCAACUUCCCACCGUCAGACGGUCUCCUCCCUCCAGCACAACCUUGCACAUCUUCUUCCUUCUUACUCUUCUGCGAUCCCCACGAGACACGACGCUCCUCGUUCUGGUCUCCCUUCCUGGAUUCCUCCAUCUCGCCCAUGCCCUUCCCCUACUUCCCAUCCAGUAUCUACCGCGAUAGCGAUGGACGACGGCUGCGUCGAUUGCGGCGGGGCUGCAGCCACGCGGGCGAGCCACUGUGCCGCUGGCGACCCCAAGGGCGCACACCUCUGCGACGACCAAGGCCAUGGCAACAGAAGCAAACCGGCCAUCCGUUCUUCCUUGCAGAAGUGCUCCGGGUGCCGGCCGGAAGCUGCGGGCAUGACAGGCCCACGCCGUGCUAUCCCAGAUCCCGACUCGGUUCCAGUACCCCUGCGACGAGAUGCUGGGCCGAGUCGUCGCUUCCUGCUUCUCGAUGACUUUCUGUGAGCUUGGCCGAGCUGCUUCUGGGUCCGGUUUGGCGAGGCUCAGAUGCUCGACGAAAUGCCCGGAAGGGAGGCGCGAUUCUGGGCGGGCGUUGGCCGUGUUCGAUCAAAUGCCCAAGCAGUGGAGAAGUGUAGUGAAGCAUUCGAGAGGAACUGGCCAUAAGUGAGUUUGGAGACAAUGCCCUACUCAACGGAAGCUGCACUGACAUGAGGGAUCCCUGUCGCCAUGGGGUGAGUGGCUGGCUCUUGUUGAUGCCUCCGCAGCAUUGCGUUCAGGUUCAGAGAAGGUGGUCUGUGCUGCAGACAUGUACUACCUGGUUACCUGGACUGAUGGCAACUGGAGUAUUGAAUUGGUUGGAACUGGCGCCUAUCGAAGUGCAUCAUCUGACACAGUUCAAAAAAGUCCUUCAAGACAUGAUACCGACCUACAUUCCUACUGGAAGCAGCAGAAAGAAUAGGGGAGACAAGUCCAGCAGUUUGCACACCCAAGCAGCCAUACGACCUCGGAAGGCCUCAAGACUAUAAAAGGCCAAUCCCUCUCUCCUCCAAAUAACACCUUGAGAUCAUACGUUCCCUCCCACGAUCAAAACAAGAAAGAACCCACGGCGGGCUGCAGCAAUCCAAGAGCUCCAAACCACCGCAAGAAACCAAGAAGCAACCAUGCGGGAAAGAAGAACCAGAGGCGGGACGAGCACGCCUCCUGGAGCGAGGCCAGCCUCCCUGGGCUCCACGAGCUCGCCGGACGCGUUCUUGGAAGAAGAGCGCCUUCGCAAUGUCCAGAAGGAAAUAGAAGAGGAGGCCAGGGCCAGGCGUCGCGCGGAAGCCGGACAAGGGAGCUCCGCCUCCGCACCGCCAUCACCGUCAAGAUUCUGGCCAGGUGUGCGGCAGGCUGCCAAGAAGGUUCUUGGCGUUGGCCAAGAGGGCGCCGCCUGUGACAGCCAAGAAGUGGCACCGUUCGCCGAGAUGGAGCAGGCAAUGACCGGCCUCAUGGACCUCUCCCACGAAAAGGCUGAUCCACUGCAUGGAGGAGUAAUGGAUGAUACUGUUAUAUUGGCUUCUGGAUAUACUGCUGAUCAGCCAUACCAACAGUGGUUCAUUUCACAGAAGAAUGUCUACCCAUUUACUGGUCACUCCUUGCCCCAAUCACUCACUGUUCCCAACCACACCAACAGUGAUUCAUUUCACAGAAGAAUGGUUACUGAUGAGUCAAUGACUGGCCUUAUUAACCACUCACACAAGAAAGUGGAGCCCAUAAGACUCUCUCAUGAGGUAGCUAUCAAAUGGCCUCACGGUAAUUCUCUUAAUCAAUCAUACGAGCAGUGGUGCAUUUCACAGAAAGAUAACUGUCUGCCUAAUGGGGUUGCGGUCAAGUGGUCUCUUGAUGAUGACGAUGGAAUUCCGUAUCCUUUGUAUGCUGAAUUUUGUGGGGAGACCAUCUCAUCGUCAGAGAGAAGGGAGUGGACUGAUGUGAAACUUGUCCGGAAAUUGCGAGGAUUGUGCCAGCAAGAGAGGCUGGCCUCUCGUAACCACUUUAAGCUACGGCUUACUUGGCCAGGGACCCGGCGCAAGUCCAGUUCACUGUUCAUGGUGGCGAUGGACAAAUUAAAUAAUGAGAAGCAAAAGAAUGAGUAUAGCGAGGGUCGUGAAGUUCCCGAGUACCUCCUCUGUCCCUUAUCCUGUGAGCUGAUGGUGGGCCCUGUCACAAUAGCUACAGGAAAGACGUUUGAGCGACGUGUUCUCAAAGAUUGGUUCAAGAAGAACGGGCAUAUUUGUCCCGUGACCGGUGAGCUCGUCUCCAGUACUAUUCUUCGAAAUGAUCGUGUGAAAGGAUAUUUGGAAGAAUGGGCAGAAGCGAAAGCUGAGGGAACCACAAAGUUCAGGGACGGCAAUAAGUGACAUCAUUUACUAGUAUACGGGUAGGGCAGAGUGAUGAUUGUAGAACAAUUGAAACAUAGCUAACUGGUGCAUGCAUUGUAAUCUUCAUCGUCUGGCAUACUAGCAUAAGAGUCGAUGCUCUUUCUGUUUGUAUAUAUACACAUACAGUUCUUCUAGUUUCCUUAAAUAAAUAUAAAAAGAGAAUUGCA